AUGGAAGAUGAUAAAGAAACCCAGAAUGGGAUAAUUUUAGUUUUUAGUAUUAUUGGAACUAGAAUAAUAUCAGUUAUUUGUUAAUAAUAUUCAAAUUAUUAGAUAGUAUUAUUAUUUUAUAAUAUUUAAGAGAUUGGUUGGUUAUGAUUGGAUAAGUAUUCUAUCUAUGGCGCUUUUAGGUAAAAGCAUGAAUGUGUCAUAUCAAAGUAAUAAAGAACAUACAAGUGGACAAGUUUUAAACUAUAUGUAAGUGGAUGCAAUGAAUUAUAAUGGUUUGGUUGGUAUAUGUCAUAAGUUAUGUUUAUGCAGUUAUAAUUAGCAAUUUCAAUAUACAUGAUGUUUAAAUUUAUAGGAAUAGCAUUUCUUGGAGGUUUAGGAGUAAUCUUUUUGACAGCAAUCUUUAAUAUUUUUGUUGGUCAAAAGAUAAUGGGCUAUCAAAUUUUUAUGAUGAAAGACAAAGAUAAAAGAACAACUUGUGCUAACGAAAUCUUUUAUAAAUUAAAUUUAUAAAAGUUAAUGCUUAUGAAGAAUAUUUUAGAUCAAAACUGAUUUAAUAUAGAAAUCAAGAAAUUAAAACUUUAAAAACUAGAUUCUUUGCAUCAUGUUUGAAUAUAUUAUCGGCUUGGUUGAGUCCUAUGUUAAUAUUGAAUGCAACAUUUUUAAUCUAUGUAGCAAUUGGUAAUGAUCUUACUCCAGCUAAUACUUUUGCUAUUAUUAGUUUAUUUUAAAGUCUUCAAGGGCCACUUUUAUUUUUGCCUAUGGCUUUGAAUGCAUUAAUUGAAGCUAACAUAUCAUUUCAAAGAGUAUAAAGAUUUUUACUGACAAAGGAAUUAAUGAAUGAUUGUAAAUGA